AGAGCGAGGGUAGAGAAAAUAGAAGAAAAACUGUGAGAAAGAGAAAGGAGAACAGAGAGAAGCCUCAGUCAUGAAGGAACACGGAAACAAGCAUCCGGCGGAGCCGGCGCCGACGAAGACACUCAAGUCGUUGCUGAAGAAGCCGGGCCAGACGAAGGCGAAGUCGCAGAAGCACCGCGUGGUGAUCAACGAGAAGCUGAACGAGUUCUUCGCGGCCGACUACAUAAUACUGAUCAAGGAGGAGUGCUGCGCCGACUACGAGGAGGACUGCGACUGCUGCUACCAGGAGCACGAAUUCAUGCGGCUGGGCAAUUGUAAGGAAUGCCGGGCGGAGUUGAACCUGCACUUCGGCAUCGGCACCGGCAACGGCAGAUACGGCGAAUUGGCGAGAGGGGUGGAACAAGCGAUCUGCGAGAACGCUGCGCGAGAUCAUCGCGGCGGCGACAACGGCAGCGGCGGCGGCGGCGGCGGUGGCGGCGGCGGUGGCGGUGGCGGUGGCGGCGGUGGUGGUCGAGGAAAGAAUCAGCAGGGUCGCGAGGAGUCACGCUCCGAGGAAGACGAAGAGGAGGAGGAGGAGGAGGAUGAGGAGGAGGCCGACGACGGGGAGGAAGAGGAGGAGGAGGAGGAAGAGGAGCGAGAAAACGAGAAGGAAGAUGAAGAGAAAAACGGCGACGGGAAGAUAGAGAGGGUGGUGACGACGGCGGCGACGGCGGCGGCGACGGCGACGACGACGGCGGCGGCGACGGCGGCACCGGCAGCGACAGCGGCAACGGCGGCGCCGUCGGUGGAAGGGAAGGACGCGAACGAGCGAGGGAACGUGGACGCGGAGGAUGUGGCGAAAGGACGUCGACCGAAGGAGACGGAUUCCCAGGAGGAGAACGGAAGCGUGGUUCCGUCGCCACCGCCGCCGCCGCCGCCGCGGCACGAGCAGCAGCAACAGGAAACGCUGAGCCCGCCGGAGGGCUACAAAGACGUGUGCUCGAACGACGAGAUCCCGAACGAGACGGAGCAAUGCAGGCGCGCGUCGGGCGCCUGCACCGAGUGCAGUUAUUAUCAACAACAGGCACAGGAGUGCGAAAUCCAAACGCAGGAUCAUGGAAGUGAGCAGAACGUACAGGAUAGCAGGGAUACCGUGCAAGACGGUUGCCAAAGAAACUUGCAGGAAAGAUUGGACAAGCAGCACCGGGCGUCUCUUCCUGAUCUGCAUCAUCGUUAUCUCGUGGAGACAAUAACGAUGACAACUGUGACGGAGCGGCGUAUCGUGCGGGAAAUUAGCGAGGAGCGGAAGGAUUGCUUCGGGCGAUCCGAUACGGAUAAAGAGAAGAAUACUUGCGACGUCCCGAAGGAUAACGGUUUUAAUCCGGCGCUUUGUCCGCCGACGAGCGGCCCGACAACGCUCGUUCACGAGAAUGCGGCGCAGUUGAGCGCAGUGCGAUGUAACGAGCCGGACGUCACAGAGGAUCGUGACGCUGACGCGAACGCCAAAAAUCCGGCGAACGACAAAAGGGAGCUGACGGAAGAAGCGGAACGCAUCAGUGAUCAAACAACGGCGCCGGGUGAGCAGCAGCGGCAGCAGCAGCAGCAACAGCAACCGCCGCGAAGUGAGCAGGACGCGAAAGAGCUGUCCCUCGUGUUCAAGCUCGGCAACGUGUCCCUCGCCACUAACAGUCUGAAGCCGAAUUCCGCAGUGAGACAACUUUUUCCUAACCCGAAGUUCAUUUCACCACCGCCGGCGCCGGCCAAUAAAGCGACCUCGGCAACUUGCCCGGAACAUUCUCAGGACGCGCGCGACGAGACGCAGAAGUUUCUGAUUACCGCCGAGAGCUUAAAGCUGUUCGACGCGGUGAAGAAGUCGGCGAUCCCCGGCGGCUCCUACGAGUCGCCGGAAUGCGAGUCCAGCUCGAUCAAGAGAUCGAUCGAGCGUAACACGCUGCGACGUAGCCUGAUCGGCAAGUACAACACGAUAUCGCGCAAGAAGAAUCUGCGGCCGAAGAAUCUCUCGCUGGAGGAGCGGAUCAGGCAGUUGACGUGCGUCGAUCAAGAGGACGAGAACGUAGACACGACCGACAACAGCUCCGAUAAUGCCAACUCCACCGCGAGCGACGCCAAGUACGCCCACGGGGGCGAUCUGCCGAUACGGACGUCACCGUUGGGCGAGGAACGGCCUAUGGGUGAGAUGUUGUCGUCGGCGAAUAUGGUCUCGACAGAAAGCACUGCCACUCUGACGAUGGUGUCGGCGAGAUCGGGCUCUCUGACGGCGACGACCACGGUCACCACCACGCCGGCGGCGAGUACGAUGACGUCGUCCGCGACCAUGCACGCGAUGGGCAUGCCGAUGCUGGUGACGGACAACCCGCCGAAUCAGUCCACCUACAGAAAGAUCACGGAUUUGUUCGCGCAUAAAAAGAACGUCCAGCCGAACCUGCCGGACCUCGGCAUCGGGCCCGGCGGCAGGAACAUCCUCGCCAAGGAGUGCCAGCCGAAGAACCCGUUGACGAAGAUGAACUCGGACGUGCGGAGGCAGCUGUUGGCCAGCCUUGCGCCGCUCUCUUGCGUCGCCAUUAGCAACGCUGACAACCAGGACGACUACUACCGCAGCGAGUCCAGGAUACUGGCGUCCUCGAACCGCGAGUCCAUCAGUUACAACUCUGACUCGUCCUACAGCUUGGAGGACAUAGAGGCUGCGUUAAACGGCGAGGACCGAAAGUACGCCGGUCAACAACCGGACGUGACGAAAUGCACACCGAUAGGUAGCAGACCCGACAUCGGCGACAGCACGGCCGACGAGUUGCUGGCGUUCGUGGAGCAGGACAAAUCGAGGAUGGAGCGGAUCAAGCGGCGUUACAACGACACGACAGAGGAGCGUUAUUCGUUCAUCAACGGUUACCAUUCCGAGGACAAGGCGGUGAACACGACCAACGAGAGCUACGACGGUAAGGGCGUGAAGAACAACGACGUUCAGCCGGACGAAGAGGAGGACGACGAGGACGACGAGCUGAACGAUUACGGGUUCAACCGGCGACCUUCGGUCACGGGGAUCAAGCAACAGUACGAAACGGUCAACGAGAGCGCCGUUGCUCAUCGGUUGCGACCAUGCGCUGGAGCGCCCAACAACAAUUUCCACGAAGCGAGGUCCAGCUCGCAGUCGAUAUGGCCGGUGUACUGCGACAUCAACGGCGACAAGAUCGACGCCAAAUCCCUGUUGCCGAUCGGCGAGGGGGACGAGACGAUCUCCAUCCCCGUGGAGACGUACGCCUCGAUGGGUAACUUCGAGAGGGACACGAACACGAUCAAUCGGAUAAAUACGAUGCAGCGGCAGAUCGACGAUAUAUACCAGACUAUCGCGGAGAGCACAGCGGUGACGGCGAACGUGCAGCAAGGUAUCUCCGAGCACGCGACCUAUCUGGACAACGCGGCGAUCCCACCGCGGCAAUUCGUCAGAACACCGUCCAACGACGGCGGCUCGGCCGCGCACCUGUACGCCGAGCACAGGAACGGUCAUCACUAUUAUCAGGAGCAACAACAGCUGACCAGCACGCGGAUGCUGCGUAUCGCCGGCGGCGGCGGCAGCGACGACCUCGCCGGCGCGAUCUACACCAACACCUUGUCGAAGAUGCAGCGCCGCAACCCGGCGGUGACGAUCGCCAACUACCACUGCAACGUGCUGCCGAGUGGAGCAGUGCCGGUCAACACUAAGUGCUACCGCACCAUGUACUUCGUGCCGUACAGCGGCAUGUCGGACCCCACGUAUCAGAACAUACAGCGUAUCCUGCCGCCGCACUCCUCGCCCAACUACGCCAGCCACAUCGAGCGCUACCCGUAUCCCCGUCUGGGCAAGACCAGCCAGCAACAGGCGCUCUAUUACAGCGCCGCGAAUCGCUCCGCCACGUCCCAUUCGAAUCUGAACACGUCGCCGCCCAUCCCGCCUCCGCCGCCGCCGCCGCCGCCGUCGUCGCUCGCUGUGUCGAGCCCUAAUUCGUUGCCGUUGCAGAGCAGCCAGCAAGCCUUACACCUGCACAUACAUCCUCACCAGCCCGAGGACUUCCGAUCGUCCAACAUCGCAUUUUCGCCGGUGCCGCAUUCAGGAGCCAUGCCGCAUGCCAUGCAGUUCCAUCAUCACCAACAUCAACAUCAGCACCAGCACCAGCAUCAGCAUCAGCAUCAGCAUCACCACGAGAUGACGUCGUACCGUGUGCCCAUGGCGACGCAGCAGUCGCCGCCCUCUUACACGGUGAUCGCGCCCUCCAGGUGUAUGCCGGCGAACAAUCAGGACGGUUAUCCGUUGUAUCAGACUCACGUGGGACGCAGCAGUGCGCCCACCGCAACCGCCGCCGCCGCCGCUGCCGCCGCCGCCGCCGCCACAGAUAUGCAGACGCAGACCAUCUCCGUCGCGGCUGCCUCGUCCUUCUCGUCGUCCUCUUCGUCGUCCUCUUCCUCGUCGUCUUCGUCAUCGUCCUCGACGUCGGCGUCGGCACUGUCGUCGUCCUCGUCCUCGUCCGCCACCGCCACUGCCACUUCUCUCAAGUGUACCGGGAUGUUACCCAAUAGCAAGGGCUGCGAGCCGAGCGUGGGCACGUCCUUCGGCAUCAGCACGAACAACGGCGUUCAGCCCGCGUCCGGUAACGUCACGCCGCUCGCGUGCUCGGCGCCGUCGUCGACGGUCAUAUCCUCGGCGACGGUGAUGCAACUGCCGCGUGCCGUCAACGCCACGUGCGCGUUGACGGAACGCGGCGCGCCCGAGGGAGCGGCCAGCAUACCCUCCCGGGACUUCCAGCAGUCCGGGACCCCGGCCACCUCGACCCCGCACGUGUUGCUGAUGUCCAACACUUACGUCGACCCUAACGGCGGUUUCAUGUCGACCCCGACCAACAGCGCGCCGAACACCGUGUACUAUGCCAUGAACGUUUGAAUGUGCGCGCGCAUUUGGAAAAACGGUCUUUCUUGGGGAAAGUUCGAGACUCGCGGGGAAGGCGUCAGGGCGACGUCUCUUUGUCCCCCCCCCCCCCUCGGACGUUGGUGUUCUGAGUGAGUUGGUCAUUCUUAUCGCCGUUACGUCUCGAACGACUGACUGGAGGGAUGUUACAUGUAACGGAGGGAUGCGCGCUGCAUUAUGGCGGUCUCGCUAUUUUUAUCGCCUCUUUGUGCGGCAGAUGCCGCAGAAUGCGGGCGUGCGACGGGGAAAUUGUUCGCCGUCCGUCUGCUGAAGUGGCGGCGUUUAUCAGACGAGAGCAGGGUUAAAAGAGUUUGCUUGCAUUCCUCUUGGAAUAUCCUACCCGCCGAUCCCGGCCUUCGUUUUCUCACUCUAUUUCACACACCGCGUGUCUGACGUGUUCAUCUCUCGCAUUUUCGCAGUUUCUUUUGACGAUUGAUCUUAACACGGCGCGAGUGAUAUACGCGCACGUUAACGUGCUUUAUUUAUACAGAGAGCCUACAUGUUUAAUUUUAACGACAGGAUCAGCACGAGAGACACGCACGAGAGUUGUAUUUUUCUUUUUUUCUUUUUUUUCGGGCUGAUCGACAGCACUCGAUUGGGAACACGACUGAUCGGAAUAAUGUGUAUGAUGUAUGCGAGAUUCACAGACGCCGAUUUUUCACGUGGAAGCGUACGCUGCGAGAAUUUUUCACUAAUAUGUGUCGUAGUGAGAGAUUGUAGGGAUUAUAAAGCGUAUGUGUACGUAUUGCACUAUAUUGCACUUGUAUUAAUGGCAUCCGAUAUUAUUUACUUAGCACUGUGCGUGAAAGUGUGCGAGAGGAAAAUAGGAAACAAGAGAGAGAGAGAGAGAGAGAGAUUCGUUUAUCGCUUCGUUUAUCGCGCGACACCGUACAUUUUGUCGCGGUACAAUAAUGUUACUUCGUGCAAAAUUAUCACUUUACAUACUUGUUAUCAUCAAUCACAAUAUUGCCACGUUGUACAAACUUUCUACAGCACUAUAGAUACCAUUGCCGUAGACCUGCGGUUCUUCGUUUGUUCCUAUCUACAGCAUUGUAGAUAUCGCAAUGAAGAUCGCUAGUGCGUACCGUGGUUUAGAGAUAAUAUCCAAUUAUUUGUGAUCUGACGUAGGGAAAUUGUUAAUUGUUUUCUUCGCUACGGCAACAAUUCGUGAAUCGCGGUCGUUCUGGUCGAGGUGUUAACGUUGAACCGAUUUACACAGCACGGCCAAAUUUUAACGAAGAGAAACGACGAUGAACGAAAACGAGACCCGUCUCCGGUCUCGGAGAAGUAAGCGUCAUCAAAAUUUCUCUAGAGAAAGAAAAAAAAACGUAAAAAAAAAUAAAAAACAAAAAGGAAGGAGACGUGGCAGCUAUAAGAGUAUAUAUGUAUAUUUCGUAGUAUUUUGAGGACAAAUACGAAGAUACGUCUCCCUUCCCUCACACUCUGUGUUUUGUAGUAAGAUCGCUUCGAGUCUUCUUUCCGUAAAAAAAGAGAAGAGAAAGAGAGAGAGAGAGAGAGAGAGAGAGAAAGAGACGCGAAAGAUGCUGUUCAUGAAUUUCACUUAUAUGCUUCAUGCCAAAUUCAAACGUAUCAAUGCCUCUAGUCAGUAUAAAAUUAGUCUACGAUAAGAGUUAUACACAAAUGCCAAAAAAGAAAAAAAGUAUAAUUCACCCUUAGUUAAUGUUCUUAACCGCAUCGUUGAAGCACGGGCUCUUCGGAGGUGGCGGUUUCUCGCGCACCGUCGAAGGGGGUAACCCCUCGUGGGUCCCGAUUGAAACCAAAAUUGCACGUAUCGCGUCCACUUGCAGCUGUAGGCAGUGACGAUA